AAAAGCGACGGGAAAAGGAAAAAGAAAAUAUGUUACUCUUCAAUGGAACAGCCUCCACUGAUCAAACAGCUGAAGGGAAUACUGUCCGACUACCCAGAUGGAGGUCAAAUACUCAAGGAAUUGAUUCAAAAUGCCGAAGAUGCCGGUGCCAGUGAAGUGAAAAUCCUUUACGAUGGCAGGAGAAUCAACUGCGACAUAAAUGAAGAAACUCCAACAUUCACAAAAUUCUUCAAAGGUCCGGCACUUUGUGUAUACAAUAAUGAAGUCUUCAAAGAACACGACUGGAAGGGUAUUAAAAUGAUAUACAGUAGUAUGAAGGAAGAAGAUCCACUUAAAGUUGGCAGAUUUGGAUUGGGAUUUAAAUCUGUUUUUCAUAUCACAGAUUAUCCAUGUGUGAUUAGUGGCAAGAUGCUACUUUUGAUUGACCCUCAAAGAUCUGAACAUUCCAUCAACAAGGUCAAUGCAAUGAUUGAAAUGAGCGAUGUAAGAGGCAAUGAAGACGGAUUAGAUUCGGAAGCAUUUUGGACAGCAUUUGAUGGAACAUUUGGAUUAUGUAAGGACAUUGUCGAAGACGGGUACUUUCCUGGAACUGUGUUUUGGUUUCCUCUACGCGAGAUAAAGUCGGAACUUUCUGAAACACUUUAUGACGAAGACAAAGUUAUGACUUUAUUUCAAGGUUUUGAGCCGGAAGCUUCGAGUAUUCUCAUAUUCUUGAAAAAUUUAGAGAUGAUAUCUUUAAGUACACGUAAGAGCGAGAACAUUGAAAAAACAGAAGAAAUAAAAGUUGAAAUAGAAAAUAUUUCCAAAGUAAGACAGCAAAGAAGAGAGUUCAAGACAGAAAUGGACAGUCUCAUUUCAGGAGUUACAGAUAAAGACGUAUCAAAUACGAUACAGAUGAAUGUUUGUUCAACUGUAUCAGAAAAGUCGGAACGUACCGAAUGGUUGAUCGUGAAUUACUUCGUUGGUUCAAGUGCAUCAUCAGAAUUUAAAAGACUUAUCAAUGAUUCUACUCUGGGAUAUAGUCCUUACGUGGGUGUAGCUAUUCCUUUGAAUCAACACGAAAAGUCUUUUGCAGGGCAUAUAUUUUGUUUCUUGCCAUUACCAAGAGAAGGCAUACAGCUGACCGGACUACCAAUACAUGUAAAUGGAUUCUUUGCUUUAAGCCAGAAUCGCCAUCAUCUAAAAUGGGAAACUGAUGAACUACAUGGCAAGAAAAUAGACGACAAGUCAAUACGAUGGAACCAGUUUCUCAUUAAAGAUGCCUUACCGAAUGCAUAUUCUAAGCUAAUCGAAUCAACAAUUCAGAUGUCAAAUGAUUGCAAGAAUACGGAAGAUUCCAUUGAGAGGGUUUACAAUUGCCUGCCUCGUUCAAGCAAAACUGCGAAAAGAUGGACAGUCCUUGAAAUUGAACUGUUUAAUCGUUUGAAGGGAAUGCAGUUCCUGUUCAGCGAGAGCAAAAAUACCUGGGUUUAUCCUACUCAAGCCACUUUUGCAACUUUUCGGUAUUUGCCGUCUGAUGUCAAGUAUGUCCAGCAGGCAGUAGUAAAAUGCCUAUCUGUAAUAGGUUGUAGUUACGUUAGAAUCCAAUCACACCUCUUUGACACUUUGGUAACUCAUAUUCCGGAGCUAUGUGAUCUCAAUUCAGAUUCAUUGGCCACAUUACUUCGCAAGAAUACGGCUUACAAAGAAAUGUCAAAAUCUCAGAAAUCGGAUGUCCUUUUGUAUUUGUUUUCCUUUGAGGAAAAAUAUGAGAAUCUGAAGGGGAUUGAGCUACUUCCAGUUUCUUCAGGUGAAUGGAAAUGCUUCCAUGAAAAAGAAAAGGCUAUCUACUCGUGUCCAGAAGAAGCUGCAAAUAUUUUCCCAGGAUUGGAAAAUCGAGUACUAGCAGACUCGUCUUUGGUUGGAUUUGAUAUAUUCAAACAUUUGAAGAAUAUCGCUGCCAAGGGACUAUUUCAAAUAAAAGAUGCGACCCCCGUUAUUAUCGCACGGCUUCUUAAAGCCACCUUGAGUUACCACAUUAAGUCAGGCACUGACGGGCGUGCCAGGUUAAAUGAAACUUUAACGAUAUCCUGGUUGCAGAAUGUCUGGCAAUUUCUGAAAGAUGUAGAAGAUAUUUGUCUUUUCGACAGCACUGAUAUUGUCCCAGUCUUGAGAAGAGGUACAUGGGAGGCACCACAGAUGGUUGAUCUGGUAAAACUAUCUGAUUUUCUCGUUCUGAAAUCAUACAAGGACGACAACUUGCCUGACGGGGUUUGUAAAUGUUUCGAAACACUCGGUGUUACCAUUUUGCCAAGUUUGCCAGCUUGGAUUCCUAAAGAUCGAAUAAAACCGCUUAUAUUUUGGCCAACAGAGAAAGGUGUUAUCCGCUUAUUCCAAGCGUUGCAUUCAUCCAAAAUUACUGUAAAAUACGUUUCACUCUUUAACCAACGCUGUACAUGGAACGAUAAACAGGAGUUGGUGUCCUUUCUUGUCAAAUGUCAAUUCCAUCUCUCAAAUAAUACCGCUGUGCGAUUUCUAAAACAAUUAAACCUAUUUCAAGCGGUGGAUGUCUUAAACGGAAACCGCAGUGAUUCUUCAGUUUUAGAAUGUGGAAGAUUUAUUAAUUGCACAGAGUUUCCAGAAAAUGUCCGUCUGCCUUACAAAUGCUUAGUAGGCAGUUCCGAUGCUAAGGUGAUAAUGAAACAACUCGGGGCAGAGGAAGUUAACCUGGAGUGCCUAGUUAAAGAAACGCUCAAAUGCUUUAUAAAGAGAAGUAAAAAGCAUCAGAAGUUUACAGUGGAUUUCAUGGAAUAUUUCAUUAGCCGAUUCAGCCUGUUUGAAACAAAUAGUGAAAUAGUAAAAGCGGCUUCGGAUGUAUCAUUUCUUAAAGCCGGAACGUCUUUGAAAAAACCUUCAGAAUUAUUUGAUCCAUCUGAGUUGACUUUGCAUGAUUUGCUACUUGAGGAAUUAAUGCUACCUGAGAAAAUACUUACCGAGAAUGACAUUCAAAUUCUAAAGGUUCUUGGAUUGAAGAGCCAAGAUCAUAUUACCGCUGAUAUAAUUCUCAAAGUAGCGAUUUCUUUGGACAGAUGGACGAAAGAAGGUACGCAUGACAAAGACAUUCCCAUCAAAGCUAAUGCCUUUAUGAAAAUCUUAGCGUUAAAACAAGACAGGCUUAAUAACAGAACCAAAUCCGGAAAGAAUCUAAAGACUUGCUUAAACGAACUUUACUGCAUUCCCUUGCAGUCAAGCAGAGUGUCAUCAUAUCCAGCCUGCUUUGAAUGGUUUUCGCAGCAACUCCCUCUUGCAAAGCCAAAAGACGUAAGAGAGGUUAGUCUGUGUCACCUUAUUGGUGGAACGAUGCCAACAACACUCUGUACUUCAGAGCAGUUAAAUAAAUGUUUCCACUGGAAGGAAGCUCCUCCCAUGAUUCAAGUACUAGACCAAUUAAAGAUGGCAACGAAGUGUUAUUCAGUGAACUGUGGAUCCAUGGUAAUGCAGUCUGUUAGGCCUAUAUACGAAUUUAUACAUGACAGAUUAAGUUCGAUGCAAGAGGAUGACAUGAAAAUGCUCUCAGUAACAGAUUGGAUAUGGACUGGCUCCUGCUUUGCUUCGCCAAAGAAGACAAUUAUAGAAAGACACUCGGACGAUCUAGAUUUGCGGCCAUACUUCUAUACAUUACCUGCAGAAUUUAGCGACAUGUACAGUUUAUAUAUUUCUUAUGGUUGUAUACAACGACAAGAUACACAGGUUUUAUUGGACACACUUAAUAUAAUACAGCAAACUAAGCACGAAUCAGAUGAACAGUUGAACCAGGAUAGACAAACUGUCCGAAAUGUCCUUGAAAAAAUAGCAGCAUCUGUCAAAGAGGGGUCAGAAUUUGAAGUUUCGAACAUCUUAAUGAUGGUCUGUGACAAAAACCCAAAAUCAUUGACUCUACUUCCUGCUUCGGAAUGUACUUAUAAUGAUGAUCCUACUUGCUGUUACGAUGACGAUGACAGUGUUCACAUUGUACACGAAAUGAUUCCUGAAAGUACAGCAAGAGCUAUGGGAGUUAAAUCUAGAACGCAAAAGCUUUUGUUUGAAGCUGAAGAACUAGAUAUUCAAGAAUGCGGCCAAGAAGAACAACUGACAGCGAGAAUACAUUCUCUGUUAGAAGGUUAUGCCGAUGGUCUGUCUGUUCCAAAAGAACUGAUACAGAAUGCAGAUGAUGCUGGUGCUUCCGUUGUUAAAUUUCUCUACGACGAACGUCAAAAUUGUCAUUGCAAGCAAAAGGUUUUCAGUGAAGAGAUGAAAGAUUUUCAAGGACCCGCAUUAUUUGUUUACAACGAUAAAUCAUUCACGCAAGCAGAUUUAGACAACAUACAAAAGCUGAACGGAGCAACAAAACUAAAUGACCAAACUAAAAUUGGAAAAUUUGGUUUAGGCUUUUGCUCUGUGUACAAUCUAACUGAUUUGCCAAGUUUCAUCACAGGUUCAAACGUUAUUUUCUUUGAUCCACAUAAACGAAAUCUUGGCCGGGUUUACAACAGUGGACGUAAGGGUCUUAGAUUUAAACUUCCAAACAAAACAUUGUCUACAGGGUUUUCAGACCAAUUAAUGCCAUAUAAUGAAAUAUUCGGAUGUAACAUAUUUGAUGAAAAGUUUACUGGGUUAAACGGAACACUAUUCCGCUUUCCACUGCGAACAAAGCAGCAAGCGAGGGAAAGUCAGAUAUGUUCGAUUCCUUAUACGAAGGAUGAAAUGAAACAACUACUGGAAAUGUUUAUCAAAACUGCUGGUAACAUGCUUAUAUUUUCACAGAAUGUUAAAAAACUAGAAAUAUUCCAUAUUGUAGAAAAAGACACCACCGCUUCUAAUAUGCAACUAAUAUACGAAGUAGAAAAGACAACCUGGAGAAUGUAUCACGGUAUACUUGAGAAAAUGAAUCAGUCGGUCUUGGCAAGGGUUCCAGAAAUAAUGAAAAGUGCAAAAGACUUUCAGGAGAUUCAUAAGACGGUAGUGAAACAAACAUUGGACAAUGCUGCCCGUAAAUCACUUUCGAAUUUUGACGAUUUCCCACAAAGCUCAACGACGACGACAUGGUUAAUUUCAUGGGCGAAAGGUGAAGGACAGUCAAUGGAUAUGUAUAGAAAAUUGUCAAUGAAAGGGGCAAUACCGCUUUCAGCCGUAGCGAUACCUUGCGAUAUGUCUUGCGAUAUGCAAGAUGGAAUGAUACCUUGUAUGUUAGAUGAUCUACAAGCCGGAUUUUACAAAGAUGGCCAUGCAUUUUGCUUUUUGCCUUUGCCAAUAAAGACCAAACUGCCUGUGCAAAUCAAUGGCUGUUUUACUGUUACAUCUGACAGGCGUCAACUUGUUUCUCACACUGAAGAUGACAAAAACAGUACAAGCAAUGCCUGGAAUAAUGCUGUGAUGGAAGAUGCUCUUGUAAAAGCACAAGUACAGUUGCUCGAGUUACUUGCAUCCACAAUUUCUAAGAAUGACAAUAAAAACAGUUAUUUUGACUUUUGGCCUGACAAGUGUUCAGAUAUAGCGUUACCUUUUAAAGAGUCUUUCUAUAGGUACAUCUUCAAAAGAAAUAUCAAAGUUUUUCAUGAUAGCUAUACAUGGUUUUCAUUUCAAGACGUCAUAUACCUUGACCCACAGUUACGGAAAAGCGCUAUUGGCAAUCUUGCAUUCGAGGUAGUAACACGUUUUAAGCCCCGACCACAGAAAACGCUCGUAGACAUGCCAGAAUUUGUUAUAAACGCGUUAAAACAAAGUAACAAAACGAACGAGAAGAGGAUAAAAUCAUCUAAAAUAGGAAAAAGGAAAUUGUUCAUGUUAUUUUUAAAAGAAAUACAUAAUCCAUUCUGGCAGAAUCGGACAAAUGAUCGCAAUAAACUGAUUAUUGCAGCAUUGUACAGUUCUAACGAAGAAGUACGCGCAACACUGAUAAAUACUCGAUGCAUACCAACAGAGCCGGAUAAUAUAUUGCGCAAGCCUUCUCAGAUUAUUCAUCCGAAGUCUGAGCUUGCUUUGCUAUUCCAUGUAAAUGAAGGUUAUUUUCCACUAGAUACUGAGGAAAUGAGAAGUGAUGAAAUUCUUACGAUUCUGGUUACACUAGGCAUGAACGACAAAAGACUUUCCGAUAAUUUUCUUUUAGAUCGAUGUGAAUCAGUAGCGAGAAUAGCUAAUGACUGUUGUAGCUGUUCUUAUGACAGAUGUGUAAAUGUUUUGGGAUACCUUAGCCUUACUAACGUAUUAACACAUUUACAAGACAAAACGAAAACCUUAAAGAAAAUUAAGGACAUAAAUAUGCUUCCUGUUUUACCUCGCCCAAAGACAUGGUUAUUUCCAUGGAAGUCAGAGAGCACAUGCUGCGAUAUUAUUGUGUUUGAUGCUAAACAACGGUGUGAUCAGCACAAAGGUUCUGGAAAGCCUUAUAUACUCGGCAAGCCGAAUUCUCUAUAUCAAGAUAAUUGCAAAGAUUUUGUCGGGAUGGUGGAAUGUAUAGCUGACGAAGGUAUCAUUAGCAGUUUAAAACCCAGAAUCCAACGAGGAAGUCAAGAUAUUGUCACCGUUUUAGGUAUCAAAUCCUUAGAGACAGCACCUUUACACGAUAUUGUAGGACAGACGGAGCUGUUAAUAGAACAAUACAAAGAACCAGAUCUACAGUAUGAUGAGUUACAACGAAUUCACAGGAAACUCUUUGAUCAUUUUGAAGAUAUAAUGAAAGCUGUAACGGAAAAUUCUGUGAGUAAUCUCAAUGCAUUGAUAAGCUUAAAAAACAAGAACGUUGUGCUGAUAGGCAAACAUUUGAUACAUACAUCAAAAGUUGCUUUUGAAAUGAAAACAGAAUGCAAACCAUUCCUCUAUCGUUUGUCUGAGACUGAUAUCGUAAGCAGAAAAUCAGUCUAUAAAUUUUUAGGUGUGAAAACCUCUUUUGAUAUUGAUGAUAUAUUAGAGGUGAUCAAACAAAAACACAUACACUGGGGCGAAAACAUUGAAAAUGAUAUAGAAGAAAUGAACAUUUUAUUGAUUUUACUAGACGAUUUGAUGACCUCUAAAGGAAAUUCAUAUGCCGAAUUUCCCGACAAGCAUGACUUGAUACUGGCACCUGACAACCAUUGUGAAUUGUAUCCUACGUAUAAACUUGUUAUAGAAAAUGAAGAAUUUGAAACAAGCGAUUCAAUGAAAGUGCUACACCCAAGCAUUUCAGCAAAACUUGCUUUUCAUUUAGGUGUAAAAGCAAAAGAGGAAAGAUGUUUUGAAGAUAUGUCUGUUGGAAUAUCAUUUGGACAGAGAGAAAAAUUAGAGACAAGAAUUCACAAUCUCCUUCAGGCUUACCCAUGUGAUUCGAGCAUAAUGAAAGAGUUGCUGCAGAAUGCAGAUGACGCAGGAGCUACGGAAAUCAACUUUAUUAAAGACUAUAGGGAUCAUUCAACUGACAGAACGUUUGGUUCUCCAUUGUUGCAAGGACCUGCCCUUUGUGUAUUCAACAACAGUUCCUUUACACAAGAAGACAUAGUUGGUAUACAUAAUCUAGGUAAAGGCAGCAAAAGCCAGGAUCCCACAAAAACCGGACAAUAUGGUGUUGGAUUUAAUGCUGUAUACCAUCUGACCGACACACCUUCGUUCUUAACUAAAGGUCCUGAACUAGAUUCUGGCGGAAGACUGUGUAUCCUAGAUCCUCUGUGUAAAUAUGUUCCUAAGGCAACUGAACAUAAACCAGGUCAAAUGUGUAAAGUCGAUCUUUUGAAACGAAAUUUUCCAAAUUCAUUGCUGGGUUAUUCUAGUGAACAACUGCUGAAAACAGAGACAGGGACUGUGUUUCGCUUUCCGCUGAGGAAGGCAAAAUCUGGUUUGAGCAUUCAGGAAGAAGUUAGCACAGAACAAAUGGACAUUAUUCUAUCUGACUUUAUCAAAGAAAUGUUUCAUGCAUUAAUAUUUUUGAAGAAUGUGAGUUGCAUCAAAGUGUCCAAUUUAACAUCUGGAACACUUGUUGAGGAAUACUCCGUGAAAACAGAAAUAUCACAGAAUGCCGCUUUGAGUAAACAACAUUUUCUUGAGCAAGUCCAAAGCCUCACUAAAGUGAACAAAGAGGAUAAAAGCGGUAAUUUAGAUGUGGAGCCGUCUCAUAUAAUGUAUGAAAUGCAAAUUGAGGAUAAUGAAAAAGUAGAACGUUUCCUAGUGGUACAGAUGUUUGGUUUAAAAUCAAAUAAGGACAUAGAUGAAAUCAAGGUCACAUUUCAAAAGAAGCAGUUUGGACAAAUUCCCCUUGGUGGUAUAGCUUGUCCUCUGUCUGGUUUAUUUGUUAAAGAUACUAGUUUACCGGUUAAAAAGAAGAAGACGAGUCAAAACAAAUUGUCGCAAACACAAACUUCAAUCGCAGAUGAACAAUCCCAUUUUAAAGGCAAAGCAUUCUGUAUACUGCCUUUACCUAUUCAUACUGGUUUUCCAGUUCAUAUUAAUGGCCAUUUCAUCCUUGACCACGAGGCCAGACGGGAUGUGUGUAAAGAUGGAGAUGGAAGAAGAUGGAAUGAUUUCUUAAUGGAAAACAAUAUUGUUCCAGCGUGGCAUUUAGCAAUUGAAUAUCUUCAAAGUAGCAUUGAAUCGGCAGUACUAAAAAGCUCAAUCUUGUAUCGGAUGCAUAAUUGGGUAAUAAAACCGUACUAUGAUAAAUUUCCAAAGCAUGACGAUGUUCACGACAGCAUUUGGAGAAACCUUCUCAAAAUGUUUUAUGUACAAGCCGUUGAAACGAAGUGCAGUCUAUUUCCACUUAUAAUAGACAGAUGUUUUCAAGAUCUGAGUUACACUGAAGCCACUGAAGAAAGUCCGGACCCUCAAGCAAGCCAGAGAUUUUGUAUCUCAUGGACAUAUGUGAAUAUGUCAGAAAAUUCGUUUCAAGGGGUAUUCGAUGAUAUAAAAUCAUAUUUGAAAACUGUGUAUUCGGACUGGAAAACUAAACAGACGGAAAGUAUUGCAUUAGGUAACAUUCUUAGAAAUCUUGGAAUGCAACUGAUAACAUCUCCUUCUUUUAUUCUGGAGUCUAUUUUAAAGGCAGAAAUAAAAGACAUACCGACGGCUUCACCAGAGUAUGUGGUGCACUUUUUAAAGUCUUUUGAUAAGGACUAUGAAGGUCAUUGUGAUAUUGGCAACAUGGGAGACAAAAUAGAAAGUACGCGCUUUAAGACGGAACAUAAUCUAUGCCGUAUAUUUAACUACAUAACGUUAUACAAAGAAUAUACCACUGCCCUCGACGGUCUACCAGUUCUGUUGACGGCUGACAAUGUAUUGAGAGUUAUAUCAAAGAGCGCAAGUGUAUUUGUGACACCGUACUGGAAAUUAUUGAAAGACACCGGGCAGUUGUUUCUACAUGAUGAUAUACAAGGUCUUAUCUUAGAUCGAGCACUUUUUGAUGCCGGAUAUUUCAAAGACUUUACGACGAAUGAUUUCCUUAAAUUACUUCCUCAAAACUUAUCAGUGAAUGAAUUUGGUACCGGAAAAAUUGUUACAUUCAGCAAAGUUCAAGACAUGCCACUGUCAAAAGAAUGGUUAGGAGAGUUGUAUGAUUUUCUUUGUGACCGGGCAGCUAAUAGUUCAUACACAGGGAUAGAUUAUGAACUAUUUAACAAAAAUCUUCAGUUGCUAGGGAACUGGUCAUUCUUACCGACACAGCAGAAAAAAUGUGCAUAUGCACUAGUUCCAUUUUCAAAAAGCCACCAUGUUUUUCACUUGACUAAAAGCUAUGAAACCGAUCAAAUAAAGUUACUGCUCAAAAUUGAUUUACCACAUAUUGACAAAGGUUCCUUCAGUUACUGCAGAGCUUCUCCUAAUGCAAGAUCAGCUCUUAAAAGGUAUGUUGCUACCCCAGAAAAUCCAACGGCUUUACUUCAUUGUCUUAUUGCUCAUAGAACAGAUAUAGAACAAUGCAAGGACCUAUCCAGUGAGGAUGGAAUUGUAAUCUUGUCAUUCUUUGAAAGACAUUUAGACUCAAUUGCAGAAAACUGUGAAAAUAAUUCAGCGAAAGAUCUGCUUAAGCAGCUGCCAUUUUAUUUGACUCUACAUGGAACUUUAACAAGCCUUAAAGAGGCUGGUAGACUUCUGAUAUUGCCAUCUGGAAUACCGUUAGAUGGAAUUAAGGAGUGGGCUUGUAAAUAUAAAACAACACUGAUCCAGAAGAUAGAAGGAUUAAAUAAGCUUUAUAAGUUCCUAGAACUGAAAACAUCCAGCAUUUUGUCUAUUUAUGGAGAAAGUAUUCUUCCAACAUUUGGCGGCAUUUCAGAAAAGCACUGGUUAGUUCAUAUAACGUAUCUUAGAGAUAAUCUACGGAAUUGCUUGGAGUUUGAUGCUGAACAAAGCGAAGUAAUACAAAAAUUGAAACACCUAGCUUUCAUUGAUAGCAAUGGGAGGAAAAAGAGGGUCAGUGAACUUUACCUUCAUAAAAAUGAGGUAUUUUUGCAACUUCUUGAUGAAACAGAUUUCCUCCCAGAGGAAUUGCGAGGACAGGAAUGGGAAAGAUUUCUUGAAAUACUUGGUUUAAACGCGAUUGUAACUGAUGAACUGAUGCUUCGUUUUGCGAGGGAAAUUCAAGCUGAAGGUCUCAAUAUUGUAAGUGAUCUUACUGAACAGAAGUCCAACUCACUGGUUCAAAGUUUACAGCACCCACCAGAGUCAGGAUGGAAAAAGAAAACGUUAAAAGUACUAAAGGAUAUUCGUUUUGUAGUGCCACAUACCAUUGACAGUUUUAUGUCUGGCAUAUUUCGACAGGUAGACAAUGCAUUACGUCUCAUUCCUUUUAACCAGAGUGUUUCUGCGACAGAGAAAAACAUAACAUUGUGCUGGAGCAGUGUUUGUCUUAUUCCGUCUGAUGUAUGUGAAGGUCUCAGUCAAGCAGAUCGUUCAACGCUUGGUUUACUUGAAGAACCUACCAUAGGAUCCGUCGUAAAACAUUGUCAGAAUAUAUGCGAACCUAUGAAAAAAAUGCUUGAAGACAACAAUAUUAAAAAUACCUUUGUAGCCACGCAAAUGUUUCAUUUGUAUAACUUCUUUAAUUCACAAAAGACAGAUGUAGCAUUGUACCAAGAGCAACUACAAGUUGUUCCAAUUAUUCAUCUGUAUGAAGAGACAAAAAUGUGUCCAUCGAGUCAGAUUGUUAUAGAUUUGCAAUCCAUUGGAGAGGUUAAACCAUAUUUGUAUCGAGCACCAGUACAUUACGGUAUGUAUCACAACCUAUUUGAAAAGUUCGGGUCCCAGAAAACCGCUUCUUUUGAGCACUAUAUACGAAUUUUACAGCAAAUUAAAAAUAAAGUGAAAGACGACCGAAUGACUGUUUCAGAAUUGCACCUUGUGGAGAGAUCGCUCCGUAACAUGGUUCAGUUAUUGGACAUGACAAAAGAAAACAAAACAGAAAUUGACAGAUUGUAUUUACCCAAUUCAAGAAGUAUGCUUGUAAAUGCAACAUCACUGACUGUGUCAAAUAACAAGCUCUUAGAACGGAGAUUAGAUAAAAAAGUUAAUAUUGAUUACUUUAUGGGAUUUCCGGCUUUAAAAAUAGACAUCAACGACCCUGUCCCAGUUUUCAAACGUCUACCGGACCAUUUGCAGCCUUCAUUUCUGACAAAAGUUGUCAGGGAAGUCAUAAGUGAGGAUAAAAUGCAAAUUCUAGAAUGCAGUAGAAAUGCAAGACAAAUUGAGAGAAUUUUUCAUGCAGAUGAGUUUGCGAAUGCUAUAUGCCGCCUGGUGAAACAUCAAAUGACAUGCAGCGAAAUGGAAUUCACAGAAACGCAUGCAUCGGGAAUUAGGAAAAAACUAUUAAGUGUGCAUGCAUUAAGAGUUGAAGGUUUGCAGACCGUUUUGUAUUAUCGUGACACUAUCGUCGCCGGAUCAGAAAGACGCAAACUCUGUUUCCAUCAAAGUUUCAAGGAAGAGGAGAGUGAUCAAAUCAAUUUUUAUUUUCUCGAUAACGAGGAGGAUGAUGGUUUGAGAAAUUUGAUUUCUUGUAAUGACGGCCUAGCUGAAUUGGUAGAUGUAUGUACGAAUCGCAUCUUGGACAAGUUUGCAAUGAGAAUUGUUACAACAUUGAUGUCUAUUUCAGACUUUCAGAGGUUUUCAGAAUUUCUAGAUGAAUCAAAUGUUGAUGCUUACGAUGUUUUGCAAGGUCGAGUUGGAUCUAUUUUUCCGAAGCCUGGCACAUAUGUUGAAAGCAGAUUUCUUCCAUUUUUGGAACAAGGUAUACAACCGUUUGAGGAAUAUGAAUUUGAGAGUGUAGCAAUGGAGUUAGAAGACGCAUUGGAUUUCGAUGAAAACACAGACCAGGAGCCUAUAUUUAUAUAUGUGCAUAUUAUGCAAGAAAUUAAGAUAGAUAACAUAACAUCAGAUAUCAAACGAGUGUAUGUAGUAGAUACCGGCGAUCCAUAUAGAUGGUCAGAGACUGUACCGAUUUACCGCCUAUACAGAUUCGUGAGGAAAGAAAAUCAUGGAAGCGAAGUUCAGAUGUUUGAUGAGGAAGCUGAUUACAAGUUACCACUUGACGAAAAUUGUAGAAGAAUAAGAGCUAUUUUGAGGGAUGCCAAACAACUUCCCGAGGAAGAAUGGAAAAAAAUAAAAAGGCGUCUACUGUUAAAAUGGCAUCCAGAUAAAAAUUUUGGAAAGGAGGUGUAUUGCACAAAGGUUUUCCAAUAUUUGAAAAUAGUUAUAAGCCGUCUGGAGAAUGGUGAAGACAUUGGAGACGACAUCGAUGAAGAAAUGAAAAAAGGUCCAUCGGGGCCCCCAACAACAGAUUAUUAUAAGAACAUCAACAAAAGAGCACGAAAACACGGAAAGGCAUUCCGUGACAAUUUUGAGGAUUAUAAACAGUCAUACAGACAUAAAUCAAAGUCUGAAGAUAGAGAAAAUGUUAGAGAUCCAAGAGAAGCAAUUAGAUGGAUGCGGCAAGCAAAGAAAGACUUUGAAUCGGCAGAAGAAAUGUUUUCUGUGGUACAAAGUAUCCCAGGAUUUAACUGGAUAUGUUAUACUUGUCACCAGGCCUCUGAAAAAAGUCUGAAGGCAGCAUGGUUUUAUAAAGACGCUAAUCUGACACCGAGAUCAAGUCAUUCUCUCAUUUCACUAGCUUCUGGCUUAAACAAGGAACUCCGUGAACAGGCUGCACUGCUAGAAAAUCGACUAGGACAGCAUACAAGGAUGCGAUAUCCAGAUUCAGUAUCCAGACCGAAGAUUCCGUCAGAUAUUUUUGAUGAAGCUGUGGCUAAAUUCUCUAUCGAAGUGACACGGAAAAUAAUAAAACUAACUGAAGAAUACAUACGCUAACAGUUUUGUUUAAACUGUUUACACAGAUAUAACUGUUUGUUAAAAGCAGAAAAAAAAACUUAGAGAAAUUUUCAAGGAACUAUUUGAUUGCUAACAUUAUGCCAUAUCUAUAUAUUGAACGUUUAUUAACAUGUUUACAUUGUUUGUUAUUUUAAUUAUUACAUUGCGAAAAAUAGCUUUCUUACUCCUUGCUGGGAGUGAACAAAAAUGAUAUGAUGUAUUAUGUAUGUGCACUAUUUUAUUUAUGUUUAAGUGCAUGUUUCUUUGUCAUCUUAAAAUGUUUGUUUAGUUUUAUCAUAGCGAAUGUCACAUUUGCACAUUAGAGUUUGAAAGUACACUAUAGUGACUGUUUGAUUUCCAUUUGUUAUAUUUGUGGACAGUACUAAUACAUUAUUCAAUAUUUUUUGUCAGCACGAAUUGAUCUUAUCCCUUUGUCGACAUCAAAUCGAAUGACUUCGAUUAGAUUUCAUUCAUUUAAAUAUUUACAAUUUAUUAAGUGUAGAACAAUAAGAUACAAAACGGCAUACUUAUUGUUCAACACUUGUGUAAAUUGUAAAUGUAAUUUUCAAGAGAAUUGCAAAGAAACCUGCAAAAAAGAUUAAGUCAUUCUCUUAAAGAUUACUACCUUUCAAUACCAUUAUUAGGAUGUAUUUGUACUAAACCCCAUUUGAUAUACAUAAUAGACAAGUCGAUAGACAAAUACAAAAUGUUUUUCGGAUGCGGACAAAGUUGUUACAUUGUCUUAUUCAAUAUGGAAAUGUUGUGGACGGUCACAUGGUACAAAUGGGAAUCACUGAUUGGAAGAGAAAAAUAGUAUUAUAGAAUAAAUCACAUCGUAUUUAUGUUUAACAUGAAACUUUACUGUUAUUAUCUUUAUAACUAUCAUUUUUAUAAUAAUAAUGAUAAUUAUCAUUAUUAUAAUUAUCAGCAUUAUAACUCGUAUAAUUAUUUUAUAGAUCAUAUAUGUUUACAUAUGUUUGAUUGAAUUUUGUAGUUUUGAAAAGUGAUUUGUUUUUUAAGAAAAAUAUCCAUGUCCAAUCUAUGAAAGAUUGGUCUGCUUGCCUCAGUUACAGUAUCAUGGAGAGUCUAAAACAGUUUAACCUUAACACGUAUUUUAGUGUUGUUGAAAAUCAUAUGAUACUUUUUCAGAAAACACAUGCUUAAGUUAAGAGUAAGAAAUUGAAACCGAACGUUUUAGCGACAUUGAUAGAGCGAACAAAUAUGUUGUGUUGAAAUGAAAAUAGAGGUGUUAGAAAUAGAUACCAUCGUAAUUUAUCUUGAUCAGAUAAAGAUUGUAUUCAUUUGUUUAAUGUCGACUCGGAAUUAGAAAAAUAAAUGAUAAAGUAAACUACUUUCAAGAUGCUUUAAACUAAGAAGCAAUACCCAUGCAGCAUGACUGUUUCUUGAAAUGUACGUGUCAUUUAAACAGUAGUUUGCUUUUUGUUCAUUCUAAUAAAUAUGUUUAAAUGUUUGUCACUGCAAAAAGGUGUAUGUUUGUAUGUGUUUAAAAGCAUGUACGGUUGCUGAUUCCUAUUGACGAAUUUACAUUCAUACUUUUUUGAGAUAUUGCAGAUACGAACUACAAUUUGUAGUUGUAGUUGUUCUUGCAUUCAAGUCAUUUCUAUGUUCACUUUUUGCACAAUAAUUGCAUAUUUCGUAUACGAAACGUUAGUGACCAACGUUUUGGCAUAAAUAUAACUGUUUGUUUACGUCUCAAUGUUCUGUUUUGUUUUUAUAAAAUGUACAUAUAAUAUUUUAUUGUUAUCAGAUACUAGUACUGAAAACAUGCACAUAUAGAAUUCCUAUGUAUAUACAGGCCUAUUUACCCUUAUCAUCUUUUUAACGCAUUGUGUUAUCUUCAGAAUAUCAAAGCAUUGAUAUGAUAAUAUCUUUAAAAUAACAACAGACUUUUACAAUAGAUUUUGCUAACAUUAAAUCUGAAAGACUAUUUUUGAAUUAGUCAGCUUUUUGAACAGGCAUUUUUGUAAAAUAAGAUAAUUUUUGUUAGGAGUUUUGAUUUAAGUUCAAAUCAUUUCGACAUUUAACUGUGAUAAAGACUUAAAUUUCCUCCGAUGCCAAGAACACAACAUAUUUACAUAGCAGAAUUAUAUUACACUAUUAUACACAAACAUUUACAGUAAAUUAUAUAAUACAGAUCUAUAUCUAUAUAUAUGCUUCAGAAAGAAAACUGCAUUGCUCUCAUUUACUAAACAUUGCGAAAACAUAUGUGGACUUGAAAUAUCAAAACUAUAUGAGUACAAACCGCGCAUUUCUACGAUUCAUUGUACUGUGUAUAAUAUAGAUUAAACAAUUGUACUUUUGGUCUUCUUUGGCCGAAAGGUUAAGAUCAUUGGCUCCAAAUUACGUGUUCGUCAGCGCUAGGGGUUUGAAAUUCUUUUAAUUAGAACAGGUAUAUAGUGUUUGAUUAAAAGAAGUUUACAUCUUCAGCUUACAGAUUUAGCUUUUGAUCUUUUUCUGUAUAUAUUUUGAAAUGUUGCUUCGUGUAUAAAAUAAAUGUUACAUGUUGUUAUAGUGUUACACAUGGAUUUUGAAAGUAUAUUGCAUGAUAUUUAUUUACUUUUUGAGAUAUAUACUUUUGUUUAAUGAGAAGUAACUUUGAACAAUCUGUAAUUUGCUUCAUGAUUUAUGCAGCUAUACAUAUCUAGUGUUACCUAUUUCUGUAGCCUACUGCUGACUGUAAAUAACAUUGGUGUCUGUAUAUAUUGUUCGUAUAUCUGGAUCAGUGCUAUUAUUGAAACAUUAGAGGCUGAUUUAUAAUGUUUAUGUCAUUGAUUUAUUUUGCGUGUCGAAACCAUGUAGAAAUUGAACAAAAUUUUGUGUACUUCUUUACUUGAAAUAUUGAAUGUGAAUAUAUAUUUGUCUUAAAAAUUAUACGUAUGUUUAAAUUGUAAUCGAAAGAAAGUGCGGCUCAGGAGGACUAAAUGUAUCAUGUUUAGAGGUAUUUGAAGUGCUCAGUCUGUUGUAUCUGUCUGCUACAGUUUCUGUUUGUGGAAGGUCUACUUUGCGGUACGUGACUCUGACUAUGUUUGUUGUGCUCAAUUCUUCUAAAGAGUUUCCUCUUACUUUAUUGUAAGAAAUAUAGGGAUAGUGUAUAUAGUGUGAAUAAAAUGAACUCUGAUUAUUGUACAUGUUGUUAUGACGUUUAUUUUUUUGUUUUAAAAUGUUUCAUUUUAUAACUACUUUUCAUCUGAUGCGUUUGUUUCGUUGAGGCACGCCUAGUCUGUGUUCAGACCCUAUGUUUAGUUCACAGGAGAUAACUCCUGAGGCUAUUCAAAUUUUGUAUAAUCAUGUCCCUUUUCUUCUCAAAACAUACGUCAAUACUGAUGAAAUCAGAAUAUAUAAAAGAAUUAUUUUUUCUAAAACAAAAAGAUUAUCUAGUCGGUAUCUAGACUAAGGCACGCCUUACAGGUUAUCGUAGUUAUGUAAUUAGAAUAAUUUAUUUUUAUAUGGACACACUUCACUCUGUUGGUUGAGGCGGGUACUACACAUUAUAAUUAUCUAUUCAAAAGUAGUAUGCUUUAUGUAUUUUAAGGAUAAACAUGUGUUUAAAUUUAAAGGAACAUUUCAUCAUCAUAUUGUAAAAAUAGUUGGAUCAUUUCUUUUUCAAAUUUCUUUGUUUUGUUUGCUGUCGUCCAUGAUGAUGUUAUCAACUAUACCGCGUAUGUUAUUAUAUAAUACCUAAAGGCAAGUAGUUCAAGUAAACUGCAUGAUUUGUUUUACUAUGAUUCGUUUUGUUGUUUUGAUUUUAUAUUUUAUUGUUGUUUACUGAGUGGUCAUAUUUAUUUGUCAAUCUAAUUUGAACAAUUAAGUGAUACUGUUUGCUUGAGUGUACUUUUGCAACAAAAUUGUCUUGUUUGAUUCGCGAAUUUGACAUUGUUCCCGAGAGCCGAGAAUACGCAGAAUUCUUUGUACUUAGAUACUCUAAUUAUAAUUUAAUAUGUAUAUAUUUUGUUUCACAAAAUUAUUGAACGCCUGUUUAAAAAAAAAUAGACAGUAGAGUAGAAUACUCAAUGACGAAUCAAGGUAUUGAGGAAACUUGGAAAUAGUACAUACAAUGUUAUUUGCAUUAGGUUAAUUUAAAUUUCUAUGUUUUAUGUUGAUUUGUUUUUUUCAUGUCUCAUAUAACGUUUUUUUCUAUAAUAUACGUUUGUUAUGUUAUAUUUGUUAUGAAAAACAAAACAUUAUUAUAAAAUCAUAAGGAUAUACCAAUUAAUCCAGAUUUUUACUUGAGGCGCGUCUUAUUUUAUAGAAUAAGUAUGCUUUUAUCGCGUGGGAUUUGUUAUGAAACAUUAUUAAAUCAUAAGGAUAUACUCAACUCAUCCAGAUGACUUUGUUUAGUUGAGGCGCGUCUUAUUUAAUAAAAAUUAUGUUGUGUUACAUUUGUUAUGAACUUUUUUUUAAAAUCAUAGGGAUAUACUCAACUAAUCUAAAUGUUUAGUUGAGGCGCGUCUUAUGUUGAUAUUAAUUAUUAAUACAAGGACUGAUUAGUAUUAUGUUUCAUUUACUUUUUAAAAGUUCAUGUUGAAUUCCAAUCAUGUAUAAUAAAAAUAGGGAUAUACUCAACUAUCUAAGAUGAGGCGCGUCCUAUGUUUAUAUACAUUUAAUUUAUUUAUAAAUCUAAUUUUAAUUUUUUGAUACAAUAAUUAAAUGAAAGUAACAUUGAUGAAUAGGGAGCCCUUUGCUUGUAUAAAACAUACGUUGUUAUUGAAAAAGUAUUAAAGUAUUGUUCUGAACGUAUAAUUAUGUAUUUGACUGAUACAAAUUAUAUUUAGUGUUAUAUCUUUAUACGUCUGGUUAUUCUGCAUUCGUCAAAGUCGAUCUUAGGAAUAGUAUACGUAAUAACUAACAUUAUACCAACAGCAAUCAAGGUAUGCACAUAAACUAAAGAUUAACCGCAUUCUAUGUUUUAUGUAGAAGAACUCUUAAUCGAUAUUGGAACUGUCAAUAAAACAAUCUUGAUGAUUCACCUCCUGAAUAGAAAUAAAUAAGUAAUCACA